UUGACCCUCGGUAUGUCCCGUAGGUAGGUCUCGUUGAAGUUGACAUUCAAAAUAGGUACCAUCUAGCUAAUUUGAUCUAAAAGCUACAUUUUACUUAGAGUUGCAGAUGGCGAUGUUAUGUGUAACCUCUAGCUAGAUUAUUGUUGUAAUUUGUUAUGUUUGUUGCCGAUUUAAUUAGCUAGUCGGUUUAUUGACAGUGACUUCGCUAACUAGCAAUAAUAGCUAACAUUAGCCUGCUGGCUACAGCUUGUCUAACGCAGGGUUUCCUGGGUGCACAUUUUGCUUUUUGCCCUAGCUCAUCACAGCUGAUUCAAAUAAUCUAAGAUUGAAGAUGAGUUGGCUAUUUGAAUCAGCUUUGUAGUGCUAGGGCAAAAACCUAAACAGGGCCCAGGACAGAGUUUGGGAGACCCUGCUUUAACGAAACGAGGUCAGGGCGACACUGGCUGUCUCACUACGAAAUAACGACGGUCUAUGCUCUGAGAUUACAUUUCAUUAUUUUGCAAUGUUAACUACAUUGACCAAAUUUCAAAGCCGAAGAUGGUUUGUCCAAGAGAUAGGUCGACUAUUUGCACAAGUUUGUGUUAGGCACGAGUUCAAUGGCAGCUUGUUGCUAGGGCUCAAAAGCAACUUGGCAGCACAGAGGAAAACAACUGGAAUCGUGAAUGUCAGCACGUCCUGUGCAUGGUGCGCCAAACCUCGAAUUUCUAAAAAGAAAGAACUUUCAGAAAAGAAACUGACUCGCCACUUUGUGGACCACCGCAAUGUAAAGCUACUGGCUGGAGCAGGUGGAAAAGGGGCCUGCACCUUCCACAGUGAGCCCCGGAAAGAGUGGGGUGGACCAGACGGAGGGAAUGGAGGAGAUGGUGGGAACAUCAUCAUCAAAGUUGACCUGCAGGUGAAAUCCCUGGCGCAGGUCGCCCCCGUUUACAAAGGAGACGACGGCAAUUCAGGAGGCAGUAAGAACUGCUACGGACGCAACGCCAGCACAACCUACAUCGCUGUGCCAGUGGGCACGGUGGUGAAGGAGCAGGGGAAGACGGUGGCAGACCUCUCCCAGCACAACCAGGAGUACGUAGCUGUGUUUGGAGGGGCGGGGGGAAAGGGAAACCGCUUCUUCCUGUCCAAUGAGAACCGCGCCCCCAUGACGGCCACCCUGGGAGAGAGGGGACAGGAGAGGGUCCUCCAGCUGGAGCUGCGCACCAUGGCCCACGCCGGACUGGUUGGGUUUCCCAAUGCAGGGAAGUCUUCCCUUCUAAGGGCCAUUUCCAAUGCCAGGCCUGCUGUGGCUGCCUACCCCUUUACCACCCUUAACCCCCAUGUGGGUAUUGUCAACUACAGGGACCAUGAGCAAGUUGCAGUGGCUGACAUUCCUGGUAUCAUCUGUGGGGCCCAUCUGAACCGAGGCCUGGGGAUCUCCUUCCUGCGCCACAUUGAGCGAUGCCGCUUCCUUCUCUUUGUCCUGGACCUGUCCUCCCCAGAACCCUGGACUCAGCUCCAACAACUGCGCUAUGAGCUGGACCAGUACGAGCCCGGCCUAACCCACCGGCCCCAUGCUAUCGUAGCCAACAAAAUGGACCUGCCUGGGGCUCGGGGAAACCUUGAGGCCCUCAGGGGCCAUGUGGCCCACAGGGUGAUCCCUGUGUCCGCCCUCACAGGCCAGAACACAGAGGAGCUGAUCCUGCACCUCAGGGAGCUCUUUGAUGGCUAUCUACAGACCCAUGGACAGGGCAGUGGGCAGGACAUGCCCACCAGGUGGUAGGUCUGCCCUGGAAAAGGACUGAAAGACUUCCAUGCCUUUUCCUCACUGCUCAGCACCUGCUAAGUGUAUUUUGUUUAAAUUAUAGAACUAAAUAAAUAUUUAUUCAACUGUGAAAAAUGGAAUUGAUUUAAUAAAUGCAUUUCAGUAAA